AGUUUAGAUCAGUAGCGUGGACAACCAUGUCAGUGUCUGAAUGGCUCUAUCCCCCAUCGGUCCACCAGGCCAACUAUCCUCACUAUACAGAGCCUUAUGCUGGCUCAGCUCUUCUGAGCCCCGCGGGGCUAUUUAGUGCAACGUCUCAUUUUGACACCCCCAGUGCCACACCCAGCCCACAGUGCCAGCCUGCAGCUACAGCCUCGUCACCAGCCUGGUCGUCAAUUACAACCACCUCGUAUUCUGAGGGCCGUCCGAGUCCCUCAAGUUCGCCUAUGAGCAGCUGUGAGAGUCUUGAAGUCGGGUCACCUCGUUCCUGGACAGUGUCAGCAAGUGGCCCUUCCUCUUGGUCCUGGGGUGCCCCUGGUACGACACACCCGCUCUUGGCCGCCGCUGCAGCCGUCGUCACUACCUCGUCAGGAACAUUAGUUGCUUCUUCAAAUCAUGGCCGCCUGAGCAAGUGCAGAAGAAAACCCCCGAAGACAGUGGGACGAGAAGUGCUCAGAAAACGGCGACUUGCUGCAAAUGCUCGCGAGCGGCGCCGCAUGAAUGGAUUAAAUGACGCAUUCGACCGCUUACGCGAAGUGAUCCCAGCUCUUAGCGGUGACCAGAAACUGUCCAAGUUCGAGACCCUUCAGAUGGCCCAGACAUAUAUUGCCGCCCUGGCAGAACUCCUGCACUGAACAUUACGCCCCGGCGAAGUGACCGCAUCCUCAGUAUCUAGUCAGAGAUCCACUCACCUGAAAAAGAAUCUCCGUAACAGUAAACGAAAUUCUGCCUUGUCUAUGGGCCUAUGGACCCGUUAUUUUGUCUGCCUAGUCGACUCUUCCUUCCCCUACCAUGCCAUACGCUACGCAGCCCUUGCCAGAAAUACCAUCAGUAUCUGUUACCAAACCGUCCAGCUUCUAUAGAUAUAUUUGACAGUGAUGCGCUAGUGGCUACUUGGUGAACGCGCUUCGCCACCAGCAUGAGUAUGAGAGUGACUACUGUAGUAACGCAAGAGUCAACAGCGACGCCAGUAGUAUUAGCACCAUGUGGUAGUGGUAUUUUCCUUAAUAUUAGGCAACAUGCGCCUUUCACUGAAAGAAAGGUGACAACUAUGUCUUGCAGUGGUAGCAGACGACAACCAUGCCCAAUGCAGUGGUGGCAGAUAGCCAUCCAACAGUGAUAGCAGCUGAGGGCUACUUCUGGCAGUGGUAGCAAGUGAAAAGUAUAUCCAUUGCCAUGGUAGGUGACGACUAUGUGCAUCGUAGUGGCAGCAGGCAACAACCUUGUCCAGCAGUGAUAGCAGGCAACAACCUCGUGUGGCAGUGGUAGCAGGCAACAACCUCGUCUGGCAGUGGUAACAGGCAACAACUUUGUCUGGCAGUGGUAGCAGGCAACAACCUCGUCUGGCAGUGGUAGCAGGCAACAGCCUUGUCUGGCAGUGGUAGCAGGCAACAGCCUUGUCUGGCAGUGAUAGCAACCAAGAACCUCGUCUGGCAGUGAUAGGCGACAUCCAUGUUCGUUCCAGUGGUUGUCCGCGACAACCGUGUACGUUUCAGUGGCAGCAGGCAGCAACCUCGUCUGGCAGUGGUAGGAGGCAACAACCUUGUCUGGCAGUGAUAACAGGCAACAACUUUGUCUGGCAGUGUUAGCAGGCAACAACUUCGUCUGGCAGUGGUAGCAGGCAAGAACCUCGUCUGGCAGUGGUAAUAGGUGACAUCCAUGUUCGUUCCAGUGGUUGUACACGACAACCGUGAACAAUGCAGUGGUAGCAGGCGAUAACCGUGUACACUACAGUGGUAGCAGGCAACAACCGUGUACAGUGCAGUGGUAGCAGGCGACAACCGUGUACACUGCAGUGGUAGCAGGCGACAACCGUGUACACUACAGUGGUAGCAGGCGACAACCGUGUACACUACAGUGGUAGCAUGUGACAACCGUGUACAGUACAGUGGUAGCAGGCGACAACAGUGUACA